CCUGAGGACUGGCCUUGACCCCUGGCAGAGGAGAGAGUCUGCAUCUGCCCAGCGUCCGAUCCGAGCCAUGACUCUCAGGGGUUGAGAGGCGGGCAAGGGGCCCCCUGCAGGGUCGGAGUGAAGAAUGCCGUUGUGUAAAAAUGGAGAACCUCACCACAGCCCAGGGCCUGUCCCCGCCUGAGUCAUGCUUGAGAGAGAGGGAGGAGAAAGCAAGAGCCCCGAAGCCCCUCGGAUUUCCAGCUGGCCGAGGCCGGCCUUGUGACAUCGCUGAAGGCAUCACCUGAUGAGCUCAGGCAGAGGCGUCUGGGGCCAGGGAGACACAGCCUCACGCCUGCUCUCGCCGUGUUCCCCGGAGCUCCUGCCGCCGAGAUGCCACCCCCUAGCCUCGCGAUGGUGAGUGGCCAGGCGCUCCCGGCCUUCCUGCUCUGCAGCACGCUGCUGGUCAUCAAGAUGUACGCGGUGGCCGUCAUCACGGGCCAAGUGAGGCUGAGGAAGAAGGCUUUCGCCAACCCCGAGGACGCCCUGAGACACGGAGGCCUCCAGUUUCACCGGGACGACCAGGACGUGGAGCGUUGCCUGAGAGCCCACCGGAACGACAUGGAGACCAUCUACCCCUUCCUGUUCCUGGGCCUCGUCUACUCCUUCCUGGGGCCCGACCCUUUCGUGGCCCAGAUGCACUUUCUCGUCUUCUUCCUGGGCCGCAUGGUGCACACCGUGGCCUACCUGGGGAAGCUGCGGGCGCCCACCCGCUCUCUGGCCUACACCGUGGCCCAGCUCCCCUGCGCCUCGAUGGCCCUGCAGAUCGUCUGGGAAGCAGCCCGCCACCUGUGACCGCCAGCUGAGACCUCCUUGCCGCCAGACCGCUGACCGUGAGCCGCCUAGGGGAUUGGGCAUCCCUUCCAGAUUGUGACAGGCCCUGGGGCCUGGUUUCCUGGCAAACUGCUGAGCGCGGGAUCCUGGACCCAGUGCACCUGUGUGUGUUUGCAUAUGUGUGUGUUUGCACAUGUGCGUGUGUGCGCCCCUUGGAUUCCUGGGUGAAGUGGCCGAUGGAGCCGUUUAGAGACGAGCUGUCAAGAUUGAUAGAAAACCCUUCCACUCAAAUAAUAGAGCAUUUAAAACAUGACUCCUUCUUCAUCAUCCCUAAGAGCAGGAAGAGUGAGGAGGGCCAGUUCAGAUUCCUGAGCCUAAUGGUCAUCCGAUCCAGGGCUGUAGUAAAUGCAGACUUCUCAGACCCACCCCAGAAAUUCUGGUUCAGCCUAUUUAGAGGGGGGCCUGGGCAUCUGCAUUUUUUGUAAAGCUCCUGGUGAGUCCCAGCACGGGCGGGUCCCGAGCCCCUGGCAGCCCCCUCUAGAGGCAGGGCCAGGACGCGCAGGGUGUGUUGCGAUUUCUUUUACGGCCGGAGUUCAGUGAGGGGGCAUUAUGCUCGGUGCCCUCCGCUCAGUCCACAUCCCUCACUGGAGCCUUCUCUGCCUGGCACCGGGGCGGAUGGGAGGGGCCCCCGGUGACGUCUGCCUUCUCUCCCUGAGGUUUCUGUCGCUCCUGAAGGCUGUAAAUCAAGGACAAUGGGCCUUGAAGGACCAACCGCAAAAGGGAACUUACUGGCUCCUUCAGUAUCUGCAGGAUUUGAAAACCGCAAAUGUGCCUCCUGUGGAGAAUGUGUGUGUGUGUGCGUGUGUGCAUGUGGAAUCCACGUGUCUCUCCUAGACUCCUGUUCUGAGACGUGUGUGGCUUUAAUCAUUAAAUGGAGCCUUUGGCAAGCUCGGCCCACC